CUUGCCUGAAGCUCAAUGGCAACGCGGGAUCAACUAUCUAUCUCCCCAAUCCGCAAGUAACAGCAAGACAUCUCCAUCCAUCCUCUCAACCUCCCAACACGCCAUUAUCCACAUCCAGCGAGUUCGCAAACCAUCCAAGAUGGCGCUUGAUAGCUUCUUCCAUAAUAAGAUUGAGAGCAUGAAGCUCGAAAUCAUUCAAGGACAAGCUGUUCUCCGAAGACUGGAAGCUCAGAGGAAUGACUACAACUCCAGAGGUAAGGCGCAUAGGUUAUCGCACAACGGGGCAAGUUUAACAAAACACAGUGCGACUCCUAAGAGAAGAACUCGGGUUAUUACAACAGCCAGGAUCAUAUGUUGGGGAAGUAGUCAAAGUAAUGGGCACAAAAAAGGUGUUGGUCAAGGUUCACCCAGAGGGCAAAUACGGUAUGCACGAUCCUACAACCACUUCUGGUACGCGAAGCUGACGAUUGCGCAGUGGUGGAUAUAUCAGAUAAUGUCGACAUCACGAAACUCACCGUUGGAAAGCGGGUUACUCUCCUCUCCGAUUCCUACAAACUCGAGAAGAUGCUUCCAUCAUCCGUCGACCCGCUGGUAUCAUUGAUGAUGGUGGAGAAGGUUCCCGACAGCACAUACGACAUGAUUGGAGGGUUGGAUCAACAGAUCAAGGAGAUCAAAGAGGUCAUUGAGCUUGGUCUAAAGCAUCCCGAACUUUUCGAGUCGCUCGGUAUAGCACAACCUAAGGGUGUUCUACUUUACGGACCUCCUGGAACUGGAAAGACCUUACUCGCACGAGCUGUGGCACAUCAUACCGACUGUAAAUUUAUUCGAGUUUCGGGUUCGGAGUUGGUGCAGAAGUAUAUUGGUGAGGGUUCAAGAAUGGUUCGUGAAUUGUUCGUCAUGGCACGAGAGCAUGCUCCAUCAAUCAUCUUUAUGGAUGAAAUCGAUUCUAUUGGAUCGUCACGAGUGGAGGGCUCAUCCGGUGGAGAUUCCGAGGUCCAGAGAACCAUGUUGGAGUUGCUCAAUCAACUGGACGGAUUCGAGCCUACCAAGAACAUCAAAGUUAUCAUGGCGACGAAUCGAUUGGAUAUUCUGGAUCCUGCUUUGUUACGGCCUGGACGUAUCGAUCGAAAAAUUGAGUUCCCACCGCCAACUGUCGAGGCUAGAGCAGAUAUUCUCCGAAUCCACAGCCGAAGCAUGAAUCUGACCCGAGGAAUCAACUUGACAAAGAUUGCCGAGAAGAUGAAUGGAUGUUCGGGGGCGGAGCUGAAGGGUGUAUGCACUGAGGCAGGAAUGUACGCUUUAAGAGAACGGAGAGUGCAUGUCACGCAGGAAGAUUUCGAUCUGGCUACGGCCAAGGUUCUGAACAAGCACGACGACAAGGAGGUCAGUCUCGGAAAAUUAUGGAAGUAG